UGACCCAACACACCUCCAGGCUGUGUAAGGGCUAUUUGACCAAGAAGGAGAGUGAUGGAGUGCUGCAUCAGAUGACCUGGCCUCCACAAUCACCCGACCUCAACGCAUUUGAGAUGGUUUGGGAUGAGUUGGACCGCAGAGUGAAGGAAAAGCAGCCAGCAAGUGCUCAGCAUAUGUGGGAACUCCUUCAAGACUGUUGGAAAAGCAUUCCAGAUGGAGCCCAGCCCGAGCUCUUCAUUUUCCACGAGUUGUGUGCCCUAAAGAAGGAUGAAGGGCCCUGCAAGGUGUUAAAGGAGCGCUUCUAUUUCGAAAUUGACACGGGCCACUGCGAGUCCUUUGAGUUCGGUGGCUGCAGAGGCAACGCCAACAAUUUUGAGACCUUGGAAGCUUGUGAGGGAAUGUGCCUGGUGUCUGCUGACAAGAGUCCCUGUCACCUGGAUGAGGCUCCGGGGCCAUGCCGAGGUCUGGUGACGCGCUACUUCUUUGACAGCCAGAGCCAGGAGUGCAAGCACUUCUACUACGGAGGCUGCUUCGGCAACGCCAAUAACUUCAAGAGUAUGAAAGAGUGCCAGGCCAGGUGCCAGAACCCAGAAAACGCCAAUGUGGCCCCUAAAUUGGAUGUGACUCCUAAAUUGGAGGUCACCGUCCUAAAACUCACUAGUAAACCAAAUGUACAACCUGUCAAAGUAACUGAUGAGUUUGCUUUAAGCGCCUCCCACAUGCAGCAGAAUCAUCAACACCAGGCCACAGACUUCAGUCCUCCAGAGUUCUGUCUCAGUACCAAUGACAAGGGCACGAUGUGUGACAGAGAGGAGAGGAUAACGGGAAGGAGAUAUGCGUACAACCCCAAGACAAAGAGAUGUCAUUGGUUGCGUAACAGGGGCUGUGGGGGCAACAAGAACAACUUUGUCCUCAAGAGACACUGCAUGAAGAUGUGUAUGAAGCCGAAUCCCACUCACAAAAGGAAGACCCUCAGGAUAAAGAAGAACACCAACAUCUAAUUUCAAACUCACUAAAUCAAGGCCUUGUAUUAAAUCAUUCUUACACUACUUUUUAAUUACACUUUAUUCUUAUUUGACUCUGGUAUUAUGUGGUCGUCUUACAGCAAUUCUAUAAAAGGCUUGUUUUGGCCUAUAAUGUAAUUUUGUUAUUUUAACCUUUUAGCUCUUUGUAUGAGGAGUGGUUUUGUAAUAUCAAAAUUUUGACAUUUUUUUCCCUUGUCACAUCCUAAAAAAACGGUAUAUCAUUGUAAUUUUUUUCCUGAGGACAGCAGACAAGUUUGUUUUUAUUGACAAAUGAUUAACAUUAAGGAACCCAAUAGCACUGCACUGCCCAUGAAAUAUAAAGCUCUAUCAUUUACAUUAUCAGUGUAAGUAUUUAAGAUCAUUCCUUCAUGUGAGUAAUGUAUUACCAUGUAAAAAAUGCACAUUACAUUUUUUUAACAUAGAUGGAAAGAACAUAUAUAAUAAACCAAUUGGAGCCUAAAUAAAAUGUUGCAUAGUCAUCCACAUUGCAUUUCUGGAUAUUUUCAUUCUGUUCAAAGCCCCCUUUUUAUAUUGCAUUAUGUAUGCAAUUGGAAAUUGCUCCACUGAUAAGACUGUUAUUCAGACACAAGGGGGCAGUGUUGUAUUAUCAGAAUAGGCUAUCAUUUCCAUAUCAUAGACUCUAUACAGGAUCCUUAACCCUAAGCUCAACCGUAACCCUUACCUUAAAGGUCAUGAACAGUAAAAAUAAUGUUUUUCAUUAAAUUGGAGGAUAUUUGGAUGAAACCAGAUAAAAGAAUGUGGACCAAAAUAUAAAAAAUGAAUGUUGCUUCUACAAAGUUUGAUCAUAAAGUUACUGGUCCUCUUCCCCAUGUCAAACACUUGGAUUCAGGAGACAGUUUUAUUAAGGGGAUAGGGUGACCUCCCCCUAACUCACAUUUAAUACACUAAUGGUAACAUGAUAUUUACCUAAUUUAAAUAAGUACUGCCUUGUAACCAACAUUGGAGAAGGUGUGCUUGCAGAGAGAUAUGGUUUACAUAGCUAGAAAGCUAUUCUACUGGUGCCAACAUUUGACUGGAGGGUGUUAACUAAUAAAAUUAAAAGUUUACCUUAUUCAUCUGUGGAGAAGAUCCUUAUACUGUGUUUCCCCUUUCAUCUGUGUCUGUUGUUAACUAGUUACUGGCUAGCUAGGUCUUCAGCCAGCAUGGAACGAAAGAGGGGACAGAUCGUUCAAAACUUAAAUGCAGUUAUCAAGUCAGCACAUCCGUCGGUGCUGCUGAAAACCACGUCACAAGAGACCUACCAAACGGGAGAUGUAUUGAUUGAACAAUUCAACUUAUAUUUAUUAAAUAUAAAUAAUAUAAAUGUGAAUCGAUGUAAUACCUUGCUUUAAACUUUUUAACUUGAAUGUCAUUUUAAUUAUGUAUGCAUAACCAAAUAAAAUAACCUACAAAUUCACAAGGUUGGAAAUCCCCACUCUGUCUGGAUUUCAAUAGGAGUUGCACCUCACUUUGCAAGCCAGCAUAAUGUAACAGGUUCCGUUAAUAACCCAACACAAGUUAGUUUUAACCAUCAUUUGGGUUUUCAUUCAUGUUGGCUUGAUCAAGCAGCUGUUCCUUUUUUUAAAGGUCCUGAACAGCCAUUCUGAUUCCCAUGUAAAAUAGCAUUUUGAGUGACUAAAAUAUCACCCAUAAAAUUAGUUUUGCAUAUAAAUGCUCAAACUUAAAAUAAAAGUAUUUGUGGAAAGGUCUGGGACUUCAUUGUCUGGUGGAGGGGUUGGAAUUGUGGGUGGAGGGGUUGGGAUUUGGGUUAGCGGGGUUGGUGGUGGUGGCCCUUGCCCUGCCGGCCCCCUUCUCCACUCAGGUUGCAGGAUCAUGUUACAGAUUCUGCAGAUUAUGGCCAUGCAGGUAGCGCCCAGACGGCCAAGUUGGCCGCAGUUCCUGCAUCGUUUGGGCAUGCCAUGUAGUGGACCGGAGCAUGAUGGUACUGGGAGAUGUUAGACUCCACCCACUCCUGUUGGGUCUGGUUCAACUGAAUCAGCCAUUUUUGUGCCCCAGUCCAGACAUUGUCUUCGUCCAGGACCCUCCUAGCCACUGCCUUGAGUGGCAAAAUGGUGUAAACUGAACUUCUAUGUCAUACUCUUGGAUGCUUUUGUUGUGGAAUUGGACUGUAACUAUAUACUUAUGAUUAUUAUGUGAUUAUGUGUCUGAGAGUGUAAAUACUGUGAAAUGGGACCUUUUGUCUUUACAAUUUCUGUAUUUUAAUCUAAACUUCUAGUAACUGGGGGGUCUUGAAACUGUCUUCAAAUUAUUCCUGGCCCUGGAGGUUUCACCAGGAAGUUCUCAAAGCCCAUACCUCUCUGUAGAACUGCCCUGCUGAAUUCCAGGCGGGUCAUGGUUUCUGGCGGUUGUUAUUGCUGCUCAAGUUGCUCCAGCUGCUCCCCAGCGAUUGGCAGUGCUCCGUCCUUGGCAGCCUCCUCGAUGGGGAUUAGUGCCAGCCUCACCGCGUUGGAGCUGUGCAUCACUCCUGGGUUCAUCUCGGUCAUUUUGUUCAGGUUGGGUGGGGGGAUUUGAAGAAGGACGGUGUUGAUCUACUCCGGUCCUGCAGGGGGAGGAAGGACAAACCUCAGAGUGAGCAGACACACCUGGAAGCCUGUGACCUUUAGGUCAAUGGAGGCACUCCCUUGUGGUCUGCUCACUCCAGGCGUUGGUUGGUGUCUUUGAUCCUUUCUUCAUGCCUCUGGUUCUGGUGGUGAUACUGUCUGGUCUUUUCUCUCUUUCUGUUGGUCUUCUGCUGGUUCUGGACAGGUCGGUGGUUGCCUAAGGAGGGCAGAUAUAAAAAAUAAAAAAAAGGCAGGGGAGGAGGGCUGUAGGCCAAGGGUAGAGGGAGUAAGGCCCGCCUCGGCAGCACUCUACUUGCCUCAAGGCCUGCAGUCCGUCAUUUCCUCCACAGGCAGCUGGUCUGGUGCUGGGAUUUGGGGUGGUCCAUGGAGUCAGGUCAUGUUGCGGUCAGGCCACAGUUACAUUUUUGUCUUCCCCAGUCCUUCCAGGAUUUCCGGCCUUGUCCGCUGGACCAGUGAGACUGCGCCAGCCGUGGUCAAGCCACCGUUACCUUUGCUACCUCCUGGUCCGUCCAAAGAAAAGGAUAAUGAGAGAGAGGAUAGAGAGAGGGACACAACUCCAGAAAAUAUCAUCCAUGCAGGGUUGUGCAUAAUGAAGAGGAACCAGAGUCAAUUGCAUCAAUAAUUAUACAUCUCCCAUUUUGCAUGUUUCCUGUGAUGCGUUGACUUGACAACUGUCAGAGUUUUGAACGAACCUUCACCCCCUUUUGUUCUAUGCUGGCUGAAGACCUAACUAGGCAGUAACUUGCUUUUAGAUAGCCAUUUUUUGCUAUUUCUGUUGAUUUUGUUAAGUUUGUAUACUGCAAUGUAUAAUUUUCUUUAAAUAUUAUUGCACAAUACAUAUUCUAGUAGAACAAUAUGUACAUUAUCUUUUACAUAUUUCAACAAGGUGGGUACUAUCACUUUGGGAUUUGUGUAAGCUUUUAAGAAACUCAUACACUUUUAUACAGUUCAUUAAAGCAAUAAAAACAAUUCAACCCUAACUAGUGAUACCAGUUCAACAGAACAGAUGAACCGGAAUGACAUUUACUCUCACAGGUGGCCAAAAAGUACUUAAUUAAAUCCACACCCCUACUAAGCCAAGCCUCCAGUCUUCUGAACUGAUCUGUUGGGUCCUAUCUCAAUUACACAGCAUCAACUAAUCAACCUUGCUCUUUUUUUACAAAUGCCUGCAACCCAACAGUUGGGUCAUCCAAACAACCCAAUAAUUUUUUAGAGUGUAAGCCCUCAAAAUAAGGCCUCAUGAAAAACAUUGUAAUGUGUCAAAUAUUAAAAUUUCCAGGACAACAUAUUCACAUAGAAUCUAACUUUUUGAAUUCUGUCGGAGUGAUAAGGUGAUGAAUACAACAACCAUCUCUCUGUCACUAGCAAAUUCAGUCAUGUGUUGUAACAUUAAAAGUCACUUGAAAGGUCAAGCACUCUGGGAAAUAUGCAAAUAAAGCUUUACAUUAAGCAGUGUGUUGAUUUAGCAACGUUCAGUGUCCUAUAAGACAGUGGAGGCUGUUGAGGGGAGGACGGCUCAUAAUAAUGUCUGGAACGGCGCAAAUGGAAUGGCAUCAAACACAUGGAAUCCAUCUGUUUGAUGUAUUUGAUACCAUUCCAUCUAUUUUGUUCCAGUUAUUUCCACGAGCCCGUGCUCCCCAAUUAAGGUGCCACCAACCUCCUAUGCUAUUCGGAUCCACAUUUUCGGUGUUCAUUUAACACAAGGGAAUUUGCUGUGUAGCUAAUGGCUUCAAGGGUCAGGGUUAGUUGUAGCAAGCCUAAGGCGGUCUGGGUGCAGUACUGGGUAUGUGAAUUAUGGGCCCACCAAGCCUGUUCCCCGGGACUACCAUACCACUAUCGCAACUGACCUGACUCACUCACUUAGUCACACACACACGCACAAACAUUCAGUUGUUUACUUCAGAUGGUGUUGUUUAGUCAUCAAGCAUGAUUGUUUAGUUGAAAAUGGCCAGUUAGUGGAGUGUAAAAAUGAUAAUAUUAUUUCUUCCAAACAGAAUUUUAAACAUGGCAAUGUUGUUCUCAUGUUCUCAAUAAAGGCUUUCAAUGUGUUGUUAUA